CGAACAGCGGAAGGACUGGGAGCUACAGCGAUUCCGACAUGGCGGACGAUGGUGACCAAAUUUGCGCAGCCAAAAAACCGCGUCUUACAGGGCAAGGAGACGGUCUAGAAAACUUUGAUAAGUUUGAGGUUAUCAAAGUACUGUCUGAGAACGUACAAGGAAAAUCUGUGUGUGUUCAUGGGAAGUUUCAGUCCUGUGAUGAUGAUGCCGUGGUUCUUUUGGAGAAAACACCAUUCUCUGCUAGGAAUCUCCCCAUUGUCUUGUCCAAGGACACCAAACUCUCAGUAGAUAUGCGUAAUGACGUGUAUGGGCAGUACAUUGGCUAUCCAGCACCUACAGCAAAUACUAUAAAGACAACAGUUAUUUACCCUGCAACAGCACAGCACAUUGCCAAGUACACAAGUCAGGAUGUUUUCUUUGUUUAUGAGUCUCCAGAACUCUAUAAAACCAUAACCCUACCCUUUUUUGAGGCUCAGAAAUUUAGUAUACAGUGGGUUUAUAACAUCCUCGAGAAGAAGGCUGAGACCGAGAGGGUAGUGUUUGAGGAUGGUGAUCCUGAGACAGGUUUUGUACUGCUGCCAGACAUGAAGUGGGAUCAGCAACAGGUGGAGAACCUGUAUCUAAUUGCCAUCUGCCACAAGCGGGGAAUCAAGUCACUGCGGGACUUAAAUGAAGAACAUAUACCCCUUCUGAAAAACAUACUUAACAAGGGAAGGGAUGCUAUCAGGACCAAGUACAAUGUUCCACACUCUCAGCUUCGCAUCUAUGUACAUUACCAGCCUUCCUACUAUCAUUUCCAUGUGCACUUCACUCAUCUGAAGUUUGAUGCCCCAGGCUUAGGCUCGGGGAAGGCUCAUCUCCUUAGUGACAUUAUUGACAAUAUCAGUACCAUUGAUAGUGGCUAUUACCAGAAGAAGACACUUCCUUGUAUACUGAGGGAGCAUGAUAAAUUAUAUCAAGAGUUCAAGCAAGCAGGAAAUGUGUGAUUCUAGGCCCCACUAGUCUAUACAAACACUUGUUCACUAUGAGAAAGACAAUGAAUAGGCGAUUCCAGCUAUAAAUCAAUUAACUCCUUUUCAUUCAGAAAUGCUGAGGCCACAACAACCAGAUGCGGCACACACAUUUGUAACGUUUGUUUGACAAAUCUACCAGAGUAACCACAUGCUGUGCGCAUGUGUUUUAGCUGGAAUGGCAUAUUAACACUAAAUCAUAAUGCUUUUGUAAGAUAAGUGAAUAAUUAUAAAGCAGCAGAAUGUGUCAGGAGUAGGUAAAUGUGGGAGGGGUGAAAAAGCAAUAUCUUUCUCUAUUUUUUCAUGCCAACCACAAACAAAGGCCACCCCUUCAAGUUUAUCUGCUGGAAACAUUCACAAUUGUUCCAUCAUUUACACUUAAGAGUGGUUUUCAAAAGCCUGUGAAAUACUACUUGUUUAUCAAGUUCUAAUACACUGUAAUGUAAUUGUUCUCUUUUGUUCUGGCUUGGCUAUUACACUAUAACAAUUACAUUUUAGUGCAUGGGAUUUUGAAUGCCACUCUAAUGCCCCCCAUUAUUUCAUACAGUUGAUUUAGCCAUAUGGCAUAGAUAGCAUAGAUAGAUUGAAAACAAUGCAUGGAGUCAACCAAACAUGGUAUAAUAUUAUUGCCAAAUUUAUAUUUAUUGUAUAAAUUAUUGUUAUUUGUUUACUUCAUACAGUUGAAUAUAUGUUAUGCACUGUACUAUGUUUUCACUGUAAAUAAACUUUUUAACAUUUUAGAAAUAAAUAAUCCCAUACUUUA